UUAAUUCAGCAAGUAUUGAACGAUUGUUUAGUGAUAUAGGCUUUAUUUAUUCAAAGCAUCAAGUUCAUCUUAAUAAAAAAAAAGUUAUGAAAAUAGCACAACUUUGGGCUAAUAAACGUAAAAAAAAUAUGAAAAAAUUAGAUUUAAAAAAACUUAAUAGCAUGCAAAUACAUGCACAAAAAAAAAGUUCAAUUAUUAAUAUAAAUAUGAAUAAUAAAGUAUCAGUUAAUGUAAAGUCUAGUACAAAUCAAAUAAUUAAAGAAAAUAAUAGUUCUGAUAAAGAAAUAGAACCUGAGCUUAUUUUAGAUGAAUUAGAUUGUAUUCAAGUUGUUAAUGAGUAG